GUACAAGAGUACAGUGUUACUAUAAGCAAGGUAGAGUGUGAAGGACAGGAGGAAUCAUUAUUGGACUGUGCUCAAUCUGACUCUCAAACUUACUGUGUUAUACCUGUCUGGAUACAGUGCUAUGAGGACUGUCCUGCUGGGACACAUCUGGAUAGUGUCUGUAACUUGUGUCCAGUAGGGAGGUACAGUGAUAAGAGGGGAGCUGUACAAUGUGAUGAGUGUGAGGUUGGGUUCUAUCAAGACCAAGAGGGAGGGAUUAGUUGUAAGCAGUGUCCAGGAGGUAGAAUGACACGGAGAAAAGGCAGCAUAUCAGUUGAAGAGUGUGUGGUCCUUGAAUCUAAGCCAGCUAACUGUGGAGUGAGCAAUUAUAUUGACUAUAAUAGCGCACGUAUCAUAGGGGGUACUGAGGCACUUGCAGGUGAGUUUCCUUGGCAUGUUACCAUAAACUUAAGAGGGAAAGUGGUGUGUGGAGGAACGCUAAUAUCCAGCGACACAGUUGUCACAGCAGCACAUUGUCUACACAAAGCGACUACCAAGAGCAAACGUAUCUGUCACUCCGCUCCUUCAUUCAGAAGGUUUAGUACUGUACUGAAACAAGACAACAUUCAACUGAAUCCUAAAGAUUGGUCUGAUGCUGCCCCUUGUGAGUGGUUUGAUAAGGAGAUGAUGUCUGUCACUGCAGGAGCCACAGACAGAACAAAUGACAAAACACAGACAAAACAAGUGGACAAAGGAUAUGUGUCACCACGUUACAUCUACACCCUGUCCACUUCACAACACAAUGACAUAGCAGUGCUCAAACUAAAAUCUCCCUUUACCCUCAACAUUAAAGUGUCAUCUGUGUGUCUCCCUGACGCUAAUACUCCUUUAAACGAAGGCAAAAUACUCACCAUCACUGGAUUUGGAGUCACUCAGCUCCCAUCUUUUACACUAGCAAGCAAGCUAAUGAAAGCGAAUGUACCUGUUGAGAACUCAGAAGUGUGCAACCAGUAUAUGAGAGGGGAGGUGUCUGCAAGGAUGGUGUGUGCAGGGUCUAAGGAUGGCGGAGUAGACAGCUGUCAGGGUGAUAGUGGAGGUCCUUUAUUAGAUGUUUCAAUGAGUAGGUACAACAAACAAAGGUACAGUCUGGUUGGGGUAGUGAGUUGGGGGAUUGGUUGUGCAAAUAAGAACAGGUUUGGUGUGUACACUGAUGUAAGGAAAUUUCUAAAAUUCAUAGAUGAUGCAAGAAGAGGUGGUAUUGUGCCUGUGAUCUGA